AUGAAGGACAGCAAGGGCUGGGACGGAAAACUUCGCCUGGAGCGCCAGGCAACGCUGGCAAAUCCAGAAGCCAUCGAAGACCCGGAGUAUUCGGAUCAAGAUGCCCCCCCCGUGGAGGAGAUUGAAGCCGAUGAAGACCUACUGGAAGGUGUUGAAGAUACUGCCGAUGAUAUUGAUCUCGUUCAUUCUCGAAUCACUUCUAUCCCGGCUUUAAAACUAGAACGAUUCACACAUCUUGAGAGACUAUGUCUUCGUCAGAACCAGAUUAGCCAAAUUUCAUUCCCCGCAAGCCUCGGCCCAACGCUCAAAGAUUUGGACCUAUACGAUAACCUGAUAUCUCAUAUCAAGGGCCUUGAUCACCUUACGAACCUGACUAGUCUUGACCUAAGCUUUAAUAAUAUUAAACAUAUUAGGAAUAUCUCAAAUUUGGUACAGUUGACAGAUCUAUAUUUUGUGCAGGAUCGGAUACAGAGGAUCGAGAAUCUGGGAGGUUUGACGAAGUUGAGAAAUUUGGAGCUUGGAGCCAACAGAAUACGGGAAAUUGAAAAUCUAGAUGAUCUGGCUGCGCUAGAAGAGUUAUGGCUAGGGAAAAAUAAAAUUACAGAAAUCAAAAAUAUUUCACAUCUUAGUAACCUCAAGAUCCUCUCACUUCCGUCUAAUCGCCUCACCAGCUUUUCUGGCCUUUCUGGCCUCUUGAAUUUGGAGGAGCUAUACGUUUCCCACAACGCAAUCACACAAAUAUCUGGCCUAGAAUCUUUAGAAAACCUCCAUGUUCUUGAUAUUUCAAACAAUCAGAUCUCGACACUCGAAAAUAUUUCACCUCUUUCACACCUCGAGGAGUUUUGGGCGUCAAAUAACAAACUAGGUAGCUUUGAGGACGUUGAGCGCGAGUUGCGAGAUAAAAAAGAAUUAAAAACGGUGUACUUCGAAGGAAAUCCACUGCAGCUAAAAGCACCGGCCUUGUAUCGGAAUAAAGUACGAUUAGCACUACCUCAGAUUGAACAGAUUGAUGCAAUUACUGAGCUUGGAGCUCGCCGGGUUGCCUGCCAUGGCGUCUGUCCUCCGUUCGACCUUGAGUCAGCGCCAGAUCUACGUAAUGAUGGUGCCAGCUCCGCGAAAUCUAAGACAGAGCCGUAUAGUGCUCAAAAAUCUGCAGAAAUUUGGGGAGGUUGUGACCUUUUUGAAUUUAAAGGUACUUGCAACCACCUUGUCCUCUACCCGACUGUUUUAUUUCAGUUACUAGGCCGGUUAUUGACAAGAUCAAAGUACGAUUACAGACCUAAAGCCCAAAAUACUGGGUGUUCCGCUUUUGCAAUAUUCAAAACCGCCCAGGCAGCUACUGAUGCUGUCAAUGCUUCCCCAAUAUACGUUGACAUUCCUGAAUCCCCGAUUUCGCCUGACAAGUCACCCCCCACGCCAUCCUUCCCCGAGUUUCAGCAUGUAGAAACAACCGAUCGAAAAAUUCAGUGCACUAUAAACUUUUCUGAACACGAUCAUAACGCAAUUAUACGCCAAAAUCCAUAUCACCAACAAUUCCAUCUUUCCAAGACUUGGUUUGAAUUUAAGGACCUGAUUCGGCCGGAUGAUACCUGCUCUGUUCCAUUGAUUGAGUAUGCGGACUGCAUCACUAGAAGAAAACGUCAUAUUGCUGCAAGGGUGAAAAACAUCUGGAAUCGCUAUUCGAAAGAGAACGGCUCGAUGUCUCUGGAGAUGUUGUGGAAAAGGGGGUCAGAAAAACGGGAACAAAAGCGUUCUGAGAAGCUGAGAAAAAUGAACGCUGACCAUACAGAGCAACCGGCGGUUGAAAAUAUGUCGCAAGAUGCCGCUACGAUAAGGAUGUCUGCCGUAGGAAAAAAUCAGGAAAAUAACAAAAUGAAAACCGAUCAAUCGAGACUCGAUGGCCAGCAGGAAGUCGACUGA